UUGAUGAAUAGCUAUAGAAACGGUUCUUUGCCUGGUUAUCACAUAUUUCCUCAGAUAGUGAAUCGGUGGUGUGGGUACCGGGUGUUUCAACCUGGGUCGGUUCUAGUCAGAACCUCGCAUUGAACCCUAAACCCUGAAUUUGCAUUGAUUCGUUCGACUGGAAUGUUGUGAAACUGGUGCUGACCUCGCCUCAUUGCAGCGUCAGUCGCGGCGAUGGCGCGGGUCACAGCCCGUCUCCUGGCUCUUGUACGCUCAUCCGUUUCUGUUGCUCCCUGCCUCCCUGAUCCUGCACUCUCGUCCUCCCUUUGGUCGUCCGGCUCUCGCUAUUCCAUCCGCCCCUGCUUUGACUUUACCCCUUAUGGCCUCCUUAGGCGGCACCUCGCGGGUCUUGCAAGCCCCGUGGAGACGCGAGAGCAAUCAUGGCGGGAGAACAUGGAGAAGAUCCGAAACAUAGGAAUCUCGGCGCAUAUUGAUUCCGGGAAAACGACGCUCACGGAGCGGGUGUUGUUUUACACCGGAAGGAUUCAUGAGAUUCAUGAGGUGCGCGGAAAGGAUGGAGUUGGGGCGAAGAUGGAUUCCAUGGAUUUGGAGCGAGAAAAGGGAAUUACCAUUCAAUCUGCUGCUACACACUGUACUUGGGGUGACAAUCAGAUCAAUAUUAUUGACACGCCAGGUCACGUUGAUUUUACCAUUGAGGUUGAAAGGGCUCUUCGCGUGCUUGAUGGAGCAGUACUUGUGCUUUGUAGUGUUGGAGGUGUGCAAAGUCAGUCCAUAACAGUGGAUCGGCAAAUGAGGCGAUACAACGUGCCACGCGUUGCCUUCAUCAAUAAGUUGGAUCGAUCGGGAGCAGAUCCUUGGAAAGUUAUUGAUCAGGUGAGGAAAAAGCUGAAACACAAUUGUGCAGCUGUUCAGUUUCCCAUCGGGUUGGAAGAUCAAAUUAAGGGCCUCGUCGAUCUGGUUCAUAAUCAAGCCUACUACUCUCAGGGUGCACACGGAGAGAAAGUGGUGAAGGGAGAUAUCCCAAGUGAGAUUAAAGAAGCAGUAUCCGAGAAGAGGCGGGAACUCAUUGAGGCUGUAUCAGAGGUGGAUGAGGAAUUGGCGGAUUUGUUUCUGAACGAUGAACCUAUCUCGCCUGAGGUUCUUUCGGGUGCGGUGAGAAGAGCGACUCUGAACCUGCAAUUCAUACCUGUGUUUAUGGGUAGUGCAUUUAAAAACAAGGGUGUCCAGCUUCUUUUAGAUGGUGUUGUGGAAUACUUGCCCAACCCACUCGAGGUUUCUAACCACGCGCUUGAUCAGAACAAAAACGAAGAAAAGGUCGAGCUGAGCGGGUCUCCAGAGGGGAAGCUUGUUGCUCUUGCGUUCAAGUUGGAGGAGGGCCGUUUUGGCCAGCUUACGUAUUUGAGGUUAUAUGAGGGUACAAUGCGUAGGGGUGACUUCAUUAUUAACUCUACCACUGGUCGCAAAGUGAAAGUGCCUAGGUUAGUGCGGAUGCAUGCAGAUGACAUGGAGGACAUUCAAGAGGCACAUGCUGGAGAAAUUGUUGCAGUCUUUGGUGUUGAGUGUUCUUCUGGUGAUACUUUUACGGACGGAUCUGUGAAGUUUACGAUGACAUCAAUGAAUGUUCCAGAGCCAGUGAUGUCACUUGCCAUUGCGCCUUCCUCGAAAGAUGUUGGUCCUCAGUUUUCAAAGGCCUUGAAUCGGUUUCAAAAAGAGGAUCCAACAUUCCGGGUCAGUUUGGAUCCAGAUAGUGGCCAGACAAUUAUUUCGGGGAUGGGAGAGCUGCAUCUUGACAUAUAUGUUGAACGCAUUCGUCGUGAAUACAAGGUCGAUGCAGUAGUAGGAAAGCCACAGGUGAACUUCAGAGAGACCAUUACACAGCGCGCUGAAUUUGACUACCUUCAUCGGAAGCAAAGUGGAGGACAGGGUCAAUAUGGUCGUGUUGUGGGAUACAUUGAACCUCUGCCAGAAGGGAGUGAGAAGAAAUUUGAGUUCGAGAAUAUGAUGGUUGGACAAGCUGUUCCUUCUCAAUUUAUCGCGGCUAUCGAAAAAGGUUUCAUAGAAGCUAGCAACUCAGGCGCACUGAUUGGUCAUCCAGUGGAGAAUCUGCGAGUGGUUCUGACCGACGGCGCCUCACAUGCUGUAGACUCUAGUGAACUUGCUUUCAAGCUAGCUGCUCUGUAUGCAUUCCGCCAGUGCUACGCGGCAGCAAAGCCUGUUAUUUUGGAGCCGGUUAUGCUUGUGGAACUUCGGGCUCCUGUGGAGUUCCAAGGUUCAAUUAUUGGAGAUAUCAACAGGAGGAAAGGCAUUAUUGUAGGCAGUGACCAAGAGGGUGAUGAUGCAGUCGUCUUGGCCCAUGUACCAUUGAACAACAUGUUUGGCUAUUCAACCGGAUUGCGCUCCAUGACACAGGGUAAGGGAGAGUUCACGAUGGAGUAUCAUCAGCAUGCAGCUGUGCCACAAGAUGCUCAAGCAGUACUUGUGAAGGAGUAUACAAACAAAAGAGUCACUUUGUAACCAAGUUCAAUUCUGCCAAAGCCCACGAAGUGAUCUAAUUAUGAAAAAUAUAUUAGGUGCAUCUUUUGCAAACUCAUUGAAGAUUAAUGUUGAGGUCUUGUGUCCUGCGUACUGUCUUAAUCUCGAAUGGGAAAAGCGAGCUGGGUUUUUCUUGCCCGUUCUUGCGGAUAUUAGGAAUCUUGUCGGAAUUCAUCUGUAGGAUAAUUCCCCUUUUCAUAUUAGUAAAAGAUCUGAUACGAAUAGAAGAAACAUUAUAGAGUUUCUUAUGCAUUCUUUCAGGGAGUAUCAGAUGUGCCAAAUUAUUAAAGGACUUGAAGGUUAGAAUGGUGAAUUCAUAAGUGUCGUUUGUUGGCUAUCUAAAGCUAAUUUAGUUUGGAAGUGAUUGUCAUUUGAGAACAACAAUCUUGCCAAGUUUAGUGCUAUAAGGCAAUGCAUUAUCUCUAAUCUACAACUUAAUGGAGCACAAGCACUCUUGAUGGUUCAA